CGGAGCUGGGGUCGCUACGGUGGCGGCGCCGCUAUGGAUCUCUUUUUAUUGCCCUCUCUUCUUCUUCGUCUUCUUUCUUUUUCCUUUCCUCAGUUUCAUACUCACCGCGGUUUUGAGUCCAUUGUCAAAGGUUGGUCGGCACGAUGUCGCGACCUUUCGUCUCUAUGUUCCGCCCAGUAGGGCGGCGGAACUUCUCCGUCUCAACUUCAAGAAGAGCAAUUGAUAAACUAUGCGAAUCAGCUCAGGAAGCCGUUAAGGACUUGAAAGGGUCCUCUACUCUCCUGGUUGGAGGAUUUGGUUUCUCGGGUGUGCCCAAUACUUUGAUCAACGCUGUGCGUGAUCGUCCGGAGGUCACUGAUUUGACCGUGGUCUCCAACAAUGCCGGCAUGCCGGGUGCUGGUCUUGGACAGUUGCUGGAAUCCGGACAAAUCGGUAAAAUGAUUGCUUCGUUCAUUGGUGAAAACAAGGUCUUCGAAAAAAUGUAUCUGAAUGGUGACCUCGCAUUGGAACUUACUCCCCAGGGUACCAUUGCUGAAAAGUGUGCUGCUGGUGCAGCUGGUGUCCCUGCUUUCUAUACUCCCGCGGCUUAUGGAACAAUUGUGCAAACUGGUGAACUCCCCGUACGUUACAACAAGGAUGGCACUGUGGCGGAAACGUCCAAGCCCAAGGAAACCCGCGAAUUUAACGGCAAGAACUACAUUUUGGAAGAGUCUAUUUUCGGUGACUACGCCCUGGUUAAGGUCCACAAGGCCGAUAAGCUUGGUAACUGCCAAUUCCGUAAGGCGAUGAACAACUUCAACGAGGCCAUGGCCAAGAACGCCAAGUACACCAUUGUUGAAGCAGACCACAUUGUCGAAGUCGGAGAGAUCGACCCCGAGGAUAUCCACCUGCAGGGAAUCUACGUCAACAAGGUCAUUCAGAGCCAGGGUGAAAAGCAGAUUGAAAAGCUCACAUUCGCCAAGGACCCUAGCGAGAUGCUCAAGGCCGGUUCCGGUGAAGCCACCGCCCGUCGUGAGCGUAUCGUCAAGCGUGCUGCCAAGGAAUUCCGCGACGGAAUGUAUGUCAACCUCGGUAUUGGAAUGCCCCUGAUCGCUCCUUCGUAUCUCCCUGAAGGCGUGGAGGUUGUCCUCCAGGCCGAGAACGGUAUUCUGGGACUUGGUGGUUACCCUAAGCCCGGUGAGGAAGACCCUGACCUCAUCAACCCUGGUAAGGAGACUGUCACUCUGGCCAAGGGUGCUUCUGUGUUCGGCUCUCAAGAGAGCUUUGGUAUGAUUCGCUCUGGACGUAUUGAUCUUACUAUGCUUGGUGCUCUCCAAGUGAGCCAGUAUGGAGAUCUCGCGAACUUUAUGCUUCCUGGUAAGGUGAAGGGUGUCGGUGGUGCCAUGGACUUGGUCGCCAACCCCGAGAAGACCAAGGUUGUUGUGACUAUGGAGCACGUCGACAAGAAGGGCAACCCCAAGAUCUUGCCUGAGUGCUCUUUCCCCCUGACUGGCCCCCGCUGCGUGUGGAAGAUCAUCACUGAUCUGGCCGUCUUUGAAGUCAGCCCCACUGAGGGUCUGACCCUCGCCGAGCACGCUGAGGGUGUCACUGUUGAGGAGAUCCGCAGCAAGACCGCCGCUCCUUUCAAGGUUGCGGAUGACUUGAAGCCCAUGUUGUAAUUAUAGAUAUCC